UCAUCGGUUUGCUCACUCCCUUGUGUGAUGAAUCAAUGCUUCCAGAACAGGGGCUUCCGAGGGACUGCGAGAACAAUUACUUCCAAAUGAACUCGUGCGUCUUAGCAGGGAGCAUUCAGACCACACCCCAGGUCUCUUCUGGUGAUUCUGAAGCCAAACCUCUGAUCUUCACUUUUGUCCCCACUGUCAGAAGACUACCAACCCACUCUAAGUUGGCUGACACCUCUAAAUUCCUUGUUAAAAUUCCUGAGGAACCAAGUGAUAAGAAUCCAGAAACUGUAAAUAGGUCUGAUUCCAAUGAGUACUUGACCUUGAAUGCUGGGAGCCAACGGGAGAGAGACCAAGGAACAUUGAUUUAUCCUUCAGAGGUCAGUGAAAAUAUUUCACAAGGAAGGGGACUCAAAGCAAACGAACUUCAAGGAAUGCAGCAAAGUGACCUCUUUAAAGCUGAAUAUGUCUUUGUUGUGGACUCGGAAGGGGAAGAUGAAUCUACCAGUGGAAAAGGUGAACAAGGCCCCCCUGGAGGGAUGGGCACCACAGCUUCUCGGCCCAAGUCUCUAGCAAUUUCCUCCACUCUGGCCUCUGAUGUGGUACGUCCCAAAACACGGGGGACAGACCUCCAGGCCCCAUCACAUCCUGAAAUGUCUCAUGGGAUUGCCCCUCCACAAAAGCAUGGGCAGUUAACUUCUCCCACUACCUCUGAGCAGCUUGCCUGUAAACCACCUGCUUUCUCCUUUGUUUCUCCAACUAAUCAGAAAACGCCACCUGACCCAGUUAACCUCGACGGAGCCUCUGUGCUAGAGGAAUUCCACACUAGGAGGCUGGAUGUCAGUGGGGCCUUGGUGGAAGAAACAGCCACGUAUUUUCAAACUUCUGCUCACUCUUCACCCUUUUAUGCAUCGAAGGGCACCUCCUCGACGUUACAGUUUCCCCAUUCCACUCAGUUAUCAGGUUCUAAUUUAUCCAGUCCGAGUGCAGCAGAUCAGAAACCUGGACUGGCAUCUGAAGCUCUGAAGAAGACAACAACUUUAAGUUCGCACGUCCUUAGCCCCAGAGAAAGCCCAGGAACCACUUCUCCUUCACCAUCCUCCAGUGCUUCUCUGAAGUCAAAUUCGGCCUCAUACAUACCAGUCCGUAUUGUCACGCAUUCACUCUCUCCAAGUCCAAAACCAUUUACCUCCUCUUUCCAUGGCUCUUCUUCCACUAUCAGUAGCCAAGUGUCAUCUAGUGGAAAUCUCUCAAAGUCAGGGGUGAAAUCCCCAGUGCCCUCCCGGCUUUCUCUUCUCACUGCCAUCCUCAAGUCAAAUCCUUCUCACCAAAGACCCUUUUCCCCUGCAUCCUGUCCCACUUUCUCUCUUAACUCUCUGGCUUCUUCCACACUCACUCUGGAUCAAAAAGCAAAACAAACCCCACCCACACCUAAGAAAUCUCUCUCUAGUUGCUCCCUGAGAGCAGGGUCUCCAGAGCAGGGGGAACACCAGGUUUCCGAACUUAGGCAGCAAUCCUUCCACUUACCUUUUCUGGCCAAAUCUACUCCCCUUUCUCAGGCGUGCUCCCUUUCUCCCACAAAACAUGACAGUAGCAGCCUCAUUUCUUUGAAUGUAGAAAAAAUGUCACCCACUUCUUUGAAGAGCAACCCAACCCUCUCCCUGCUACAGACUGAUACAUCCAGUUCUGCAAGACUUCCUCCUGUUCCACCAAGUGUUCCUCCUGUUUCUUUGAAGGGCAAACACGAUGUUGACCUCAGGGGCCCAGAAAAGCCCAGGAAUAUUCACAUACAUCCUACAUCAGCCUCCUCUGCAUUAUCUUCUCUGUCUCCUCCCACUAACCAAAGAGCCAUGCUCUCCUCUCCAGAGAAAUGUUUCCAUCCUUCCCCAGCUCUUUCAAACCUGAUAAACAGAUCCAAGAGAGCAGCCCCACAGCUAGGUGGCCAGGGGCAGAACCUUUCAACUCCUCUUUCAACCCCUGUCUCCAGUGCUAGCUCUGCCUCUCUUCCCAAACUGGGGUCCUCCCCUCUCCCUCGUGCUAAUCUGCCGACCCAGGCGCUCCAGCUCAGUCCAACACUGUACCCAAAUUGUGGCAGUGGUACCUUGCCUUCAAGACUUGGAAAAUCUGAAAGCUCAGUAUCCAACCACAGGUCAUCUGUUUCAACCCGAUUACCUCCCAUCUCUCUAACAAGAACCAAGGAGCUGAUUUCACCUUAUGCAUUGUCCAUGACAACAGGCCCUGAAAAUAAGAAACCCAAGCAAUACAAGACCAAGUCAAGCUACAAGGCUUUUGCAGCAAUCCCUACAAACACAUUGCUUUUGGAACAGAAGGCACUCGAUGAGCCAGCCAAGACUGAAAGUGUCUUCAAGGACAACACACUAGACCCGCCUCUGGAGUUUUGUUUCCCUGCACAGCUCAGACAGCAAACUGAAGAGCUCUGUGCUACCAUUGAUAAGGUCUUACAGGAUUCCUUGUCUAUGAAUUCUUCUGAUUCUCCUUCAAGUUCCUCACAGACAUUGUUGGUUUCUGACACAAUGAAAAUGCCUACAACUCUUCCGAGAGCAGCUGGUCGAGAAACCAAAUAUGCAAACCUGUCCUCCCCAUCCUCUACAGUAUCCGAGAGUCAGCUGACUAAGCCUGGAGUGAUUCGCCCAGUACCUGUAAAAUCCAAAAUAUUACUGAAAAAAGAGGAGGAAAUUUAUGAACCCAACCCUUUCAGUAAAUACCUGGAAGAUGAUAGCGACUUCUUUUCUGAGCAGGAUGUGACAGUUCCUCACAAGCCUGUUUCUCUCCACCCUUUAUAUCAGACUAGACUCUAUCCUUCUGCUAAGUCCCUGCUGCCUCCACAGACUCUCUCACAUGCUGACUGUCUUACCCCAGGACCCUUCAGUCAUUUGUCCUCCUUCUCACUGAGCGAUGAACAGGGGAAUUCUCACACCCUGUUUAGUGGCAACACAUAUAAUAAGCUGAGUCAUCCAAUGGUGGCUAUUCCUGAACAUGAAAUUCUUGAUUCCAAAGAGCAAUGAAGUUGGAGCAGAAGCUGAAAACACAGGCCAAGCUGAAGUUUUGUGGAAUGCUGGUGCUAAUCACUUGCUAGAUUUGAUGUGUAAUUUCUUUUUUUCCAGUAUGACUGUUUCUUUGAUGAACUGCAGUGCAGAAGUGGAAGUAAAAAAAAAAAAAAAAAAGGUCCUGCAGGCAUAUAGCUUCACAGUACCCUACUAACCUUCAGCACAGGAAAGAUUUAUCUACAGCUUCUUCCACCACUGUUAGAGCCUUUAAUGCCUUCUAUUAAGCUGACAGCAAUACUAACAUGGCCCUAUAUUUAGCAGCCGAAUAAAGAAGAAUCAUGGGUAAAUAGAA